AUGGUGCGCAAGGAGGGCGGCGACGAGAUCCCGCAGGUGAUCGUGACGGAGCAGGAACCAGCCGAUCGGGAUCGGGAGGGCAGCGCGUUCUCGCGGGAAGCGUCCCGCGAUCGGCGCUCGCGCUCCGUGUCGAUCGCGCGCCUCCGGCUCGACGAUCCGCUGCGCAAGGAGAUGAUGUUCGUGCGCGAGAAGUCACCGUUCGAGAUCGGCGACAAUCGGACGCGCCAGGUCGCGUCGUGUAAGGCCAUCAUCGACAAGGCGCUCGUGAUGGACGUGUCCGGCGGCGUCACGAACGUGGACGAGUACAUUUCGCUCUUCUUCUCGUCCGGCUGCGUCAUCGACGAGGCGUCCUGCGAGGACAUCUCGACCGCGCCGCUCGUCGUGACGAUCGUCGAGGAGGUGGAGGAUCAGCCCGAGCUGGUGGUGCACCCGAUGGCGAUCGAGGAGCUACCGGAGCAGGAGCAGCAGGACCGCGAAAUCGCGAACCCCGAGGGCGAGGUGACCGUGGGCGCUGAAGGUGCUCCGCAGGAACCCGAUCUGGGCGGGGUGGAGGAGGCGCAGGCGCAGGAGGAGGACACGAUCGAGCCCGAAACCACGGGCGAGACCGUCCCCGAUGCCGCCGCUGAUGCGGCCGAAGAUGGCGCGGGUUCUGACUUAAAAGACUCGGACCAAGAGUCCGUGUCGGAGGAGUCGUACAGUGAGUCGGAGGAAUCGUCAACGGAACUAUCAUACAGCGACAUGUCGGUCGAUGAAGUCGAUCCCAGCGCGUGGCGCGUCUUCCACGAGGAUGAGGACGAGAUCGAGCUGCUCAAGUUCGAGGCGCGCCCGGAGCGAACGCCGGAACCGACCGAGCGCGAGAAGGACGUCGAGUUCCAGCGGCUGCGGAAGGCGUCGCGGCCGCCCCUCUACCUGACCAAGCUGACCGACCGCAGCGUGCCGACCGGCUCGACGGUGAAGCUCCAGUGCACGGUCGAGGGCCAGGAGCUGACGGUGCGCUGGUUCAAGAACGAGAAGCAGAUCGAACGGUCGGCCGGCCGGCUCACGCUGAGCGCGGCCGACGGCCUGUACACGCUCACGAUCAAGAACGUCAAACACUCGGACGCCGGCGAGUACCGGAUCCAGGCGAAGAACCGGGGCGGCGAGAUCCCGUCCGUCGCCCGGGUCCACGUGUACGACGCGAUCAAGCCCGCCUGCAAGCUGCCGUUCUUCGUCAAGGUCAGAGAUUACUACCAUCACGCGCUGAACGAUCUGAUCGUCGAGUGCCAGAUCAUGUUCCAGCAGGAGUGGUCCAUCCCGACGGUGACGUGGCUGAAGAACGGCGAGCCGAUCCAGCUGGACAAGCGGAUCGGGGCGACGUACGAGGGCGAGGAGAUCUUCCAGCUGAACAUCUACGACCCGACGCCCGAGGACAGCGGGCGCUACACGUGCAUCGCCGAGAACGAGGCGGGCCGGAGCCAGAUCACGCACCAGGUCGACUUCCACGACAAGGUGCCGUACAUGCGGCUGCCGGGCAUCAUGAACGCCGACCGGAAGCAGCUGACGGAGGAGGAGGCGGAGGAGCGCCGGCAGGACGAGGCCCGCAUCAAGCGCGAGGCCCAGGAGCGGCUGGCCGGCGGCGGAGGCGGCCGGACGCGAGCGGCCGCCGCCGAGGAGGCGCAACCGUACGAGUCGGAGUCGUUCGUGAUCCGCGACUCGAAGAACAAGCUGACCUGGGCCGGUCAGCUGCACAACGUCACCACGCAGAAGGGGGCGCUCGUGAAGAUGACCUGCUCGGCGAACGGGCCGCUGCCGAUGUUCAAGUGGCAGCGCAAUGGGCGUGCGAUUGACUUCGGCGAUCACAUCAAGCUGCAGAACAGCGGCGCGAUCGGGCAGAUCGUGAUCAACGGGGUGACGCGCAAGGAUGCGGGCGAGUACACCUGUACGGCCAAGAACGGGUUCAACGAGAUCCGGACGACGUGCGUGCUGAAGGUGAUCACGCUGCCGUCGGACGAGGAGACGCCCGCCACCUUCACCCGGGCGGUCAAAGAGUUCUACGACAUCCGGGCGGACGAUCUGGUGCUCGAGGUGAACGUGCACGGCGUGCCGAAGCCGACGAUCAAGUGGCGCAAGGACGGCGAGGACGUCGUGCUCGGCGAGAAGCUGCUCAUCAACCGGGAACCGAACGGCGUGUACCAGCUGUGCAUCCACAAGCCGGCCCCGGCCGACUGCGGGCUGUACGAGUGCGAGGCGGUGAACUCGGCCGGCACGGCCAAGAUUGGCCACGAGGUGAGCUUCACCGCGAAGGAGAAGCUCAUCCACGUGCAGCACAUCGAGCACGCGGACUACUUUAAAAGGCGGCUCGAGGAGAAGGAAGCCGCCAGUUGGAACCUGACAGUGGAACCGGCACCCGCCCCGGCCCAACCCGCGGAAGCACCAGCGGCACAACCUGCGCCCCAGCCUCAACCAAGCGCAACACAGGAGCAAGCGGCCCCAACCAGUGAGCCGACCGGCGACGCAGGCGAACCGAACCAGGCGGACGCAGUUCCUGUGGCGCAGGAAGGCAGCACCGGAGCGGAAGUCACCGAGCCAGCGGCCGCCAGUUCAGCACCGAAGCCAGCGAAACCAGCGUUCAAGGGGAUGGGCAGAAAGCGGUUCGAAGAUGGGCCGGUGGAGCCGUUCGUGAUCCGCGACUCGAAGAACCGGCUGAUGUGGGAGACGAAGCUCAAGAACCUGACGACGCCGACCGGCAAGACGGUGAAGUUGACGUGCAGUGUGACGGGGCCGCAACCAACGUACAAGUGGUUCAAGAACGGGAAACCGAUCGUCUGGAGCAGGACCGUCAUCAACGCGACCAAGGCCGAGUUCGGGUGCGUCCGGAUCACGCCGACCACGGUCGACGACUCGGGCGAGUACACGGCGGUGGUGAAGAACAGCUUCGGCGAGAUCGAGUGCUCCUGCACGGUCAACAUUUUCGCGAUCGAGCGCGACAUCGAAACGGUGCCAACGUUCACCCGGGUCAUCGACUACUACGAUACGGUGGUGGACGAUCUGAUCCUGGAGGUGCACGUGCGCGGUGUGCCGGUGCCGGAGCUCACUUGGGAGCGGGAUGGCGUUCUGUUUACGAACGAAACCGAUCGGGUCAUCAUUUCACGCGAAGGCGAUGGCGUGCACCGAUUGAGCAUUCACAAUCCGGAGAAGUUGGACGGUGGCCGAUGGGUCGUUACGGCCAAGAACCGGGCCGGCGAGGAGAAGCUGAAGCACGCGGUCACGUUCAAGGGCCGUGAGUUCUACCAGAGCCAGCUGACGCACGGUAUCUACCACGCCGACAAGCCGGUCACUAGGUCGGAGGAGGGUGACGGAUUCGUGUACGGGACGCGGUCCCGCUCGGUGUCACGGGCCCCGUCCGUCGCACCGGGCCAGGGAGCCGGAGCCGAACCGCAGGACAUCAGUGCCGUAGUCGAGGCACUGCAAGCGAUCGAAGCGACCACGGUCGAAGGCCAACCCCCGGCGGCGGCUGAAGCUGAACCGGAGCUAACCGAGGAGCAGGCGGCCGAGGCCGAAGCCGAAGCGAAGGCGGCUGCCAAAAAGAAGAAGGAACCGAAACAGUGGCGCAAGAACCUACAGGGUCUGCUGAAGGGCCGCAUCCCGGGCCCGAUCGCGGAGGAGACCGUCAGCAAGCCGCGGGUGCUGGAGGUGAAGCAGAAGCUGUACUUCGAGGCGAACCUCAAGAACCAGACGGUGGCCGAGGGCUCGCACCUGAAGCUGGUCUGCUCGUGCGUCGGGCCGCAGCCGUCGAUCAAGUGGUUCAAGAACAACAUCCCGCUCGUCUGGAGCAAGAACGUGAAGAACGACACCAAGCUGGGCGUCGGCGCGGUGCACAUCAUCUCGGCCGAGCUCGGCGACUCCGGCACGUACAAGUGCGUCGCCGGUAACCAGGCGGGUGAGGUGGAGACCUCGUGCAAGGUGCUCGUCUUCCCGGUGCCCGAGAAGCAGCAGGUCGCUCCGAGCUUCGUGCGCAACGUGAAAGAGCACUACGACAUCCAGACGAACGACCUGGUGCUGGAGGCGAUCGUGCGGGGCAACCCGAUGCCGGUGGUCAAGUGGCUCCGGGACGGUAUUGAUCUGCAGGACCCGACGGGUGAGAAGUUCUUCCCGAUGCGCGAACCGGGCGGUGUGUUCAAGCUCACCAUCCACGACCCGCAAGCCAAGGACGAGGGUCAGUACGCGUGCGAGGCGACCAAUGUGGUCGGGCGUGACGUCAUGCGGCACGCGGUCCGGCGCAUCACGGAGCGGAAGGCCGCCGAGAGCCACGUGUUCGGCAUCGCCUACCACGAUCCGAACGUGAUGAAGCACGGCGUUUACGAGGAGCCACCGAAGGAGGAGCCCGCUCCGCGGCCCCACCGCGAGUUCGUGUUCCUCGAGGACGGUUCGUACUACAUCCGCGGCCAGACGCCGGAGUACCUGUGGGAGUAUGAAACGGACACGAGUGCCCCGAGCGAGUACGAGGAGUACGUCUCGGAACCGGAACCGGAGCCAGCGGAAGUGGUGGUCGAGGAAGUCGAGGUGGUCCCCGAACCCCCGCCGGGCGCUCCGGCGGAACCGGAGAGGUCACCUACGCCGGACUUUUUGAAGAAGCUUGAGGCACCGAAACCGGAACCGCCCAAGGAGGAAGAGGAAGACGAGGAGGACGAGGACGAUGAGGAAGAGGAGGAAGAGGAUGCUCCAACGCCACCGCCCAAGCGUGGACCGAAGAUCAAGAAGCUGCGCAAGAAGCGCGUCAAGCAGCCGGUCGUCGAGGAGCAGGUGGCCGUGGCAGAGCCGGCGAAGGAAGUAGUGGCGCCACCAGCGUCGGCCCAGGAGGUACCCGCGACCGACGCUCCGGCACCGGCGGAAGGUGAGCUGACGGAGGAGGAAAAGGAGAAGCAGCGCAAGGAGCGCUACCUGCGGUUGUUCCCCGAGCUGAACACGGAGGACGCGAAGCGGGUGGACGCCCGGGCGGUGCUCCGGUUCGGAAGCACCCUGCACGACAUCAACAUCGUCGAGGGGAAGCCGGUGCGCCUGUUCUGCACCGUGCUCGGCUCGAAGGCGGACUUCAAGUGGUACCGGAACGACGAGCCGAUGGAGUUCACGAAGCAGAUCAAGAACCUGUCGGACGCGAAGGAGGGCACCGGGACGGUGCAGUUCUCCAGCGUGUCGCAGGCGGACGCCGGCGAGUACAAGGUGGUGGUGAAGGACAAGGCGGGCGCCGUGAUUAGCGGAACCUGCCGGCUGCAGGUCCUGAAGGCGCCGGUGCGCAUCCCUGUGGCCGAUGGUGAGCCGCCUCGGUUCGUGCGUUGCAUGCUGCAGCACUACGAUCUGCGCGUGGACGAUCUGGUGCUGGAGACCCAGAUCAAGGGCACGGGUCAGAUCCGGGUCGAGUGGUAUUUGGACGGGAUCAUCAUCCCGAACAACGAGAAGUUCAUCCAGAUCCGCGAACCGUACGGCAUCCACAAGCUGUGCAUCCACAACCCGCAGAUCCGGGACAAUGGGCGGUACAUGAUCCGCGCGAUCAACGACUUCGGCACCGAGGACCUCAAGUACACGCUGCGGUUCGAGGGUAAGGCGGCCGCCAUGCCGAUGUACCACAUGCACCACGCGGACAAGCGCCGGCCGCUGCAAGAGGAACCGAAGGUGGAGGAACCGCGCCAGCACCGGGAGGUCGUGUUCCUCGAGGACGGCUCAUACUACCUCAAGGGCCAGACGCCCGAGCGCUUCUGGGAGUGGGAGACGGACACGGACGCCGAGAGCGAGUACGAGGAGUACGUCUCCGAACCGGAAGAGGAGGUGGUGGAAGUGGCCGCACCCGAGCCACCGCCGCCGGCAACUCCUCCACCGCCAGCGGAACCCGAAGUGAAGAAGUCGCCAACGCCGGACUUUUUGAAGAAGCUGGAGCCACCGAAACCGGAACCACCGAAGGAGGAGCCUGAGGAAGAGGAGGAAGAAGAAGAGGAGGAGGAAGAGGAGGGUCCUCCGCCACCUCCGAAGCGGGGCCCGAAGAUCAGGAAGUUGCGCCGUAAGCUGCCGAAGCAGCCGGAGGCUGCCGCACCGGCACCGGCCGUCGUGGAAGCACCGAAGAAGGUGGCGGUGCCCCCGCCAGCACCGGUGGCGGCGGAAGGGGACAAACCGAAGGUGAAGCUGAGUCAGCUGAUCUCGAGCGGGCAGAGCCUGGCACCGCCGGAGGUACCCCGGAUCCGGCACUGGCAGAAACCGGUGGAGGUCGAGUUCAUCUCGCACCUGCGGAGCGGCACCAUCCGGAAGGGCAAGAACCUGACGCUCAACUGCUGCUGCUCCGACGCGAAGAAGAUCGAGGUGACGUGGCUGAAGGACGACGUGCCGCUCGAGAUGGGCCGGCGGUGCCGCAGCGACGUGACGCGCUUCGGCCACUGCACUCUCGAUCUGGUCGAGCUGACGCUGGAGGACUCGGGCGUGUACAAGUGCGUCGCCAAGACGGCCAACGGGACGGCGACCGACUCGUGUCGCAUCACCGUGUUCGAGCUGGAGAAAAAGGACGAGGUCGAGCUGGUGCCGCCCACCUUCAUCACGCCGAUGCGAGAACUGUACCACCCGACGACGAACGAUCUACACCUGGAGAUCCGGAUCCGCGGUAACCCGGUGCCGACGUUCCGCUGGAUGUACGACGGCAUCCCGAUCCCGCACAGCACCGACAAGUACGAGAUCUUCAACCAGCACUACUACGAGAACGGGACCAAGAUCACGACGGUGCAGUUGAUCAUCAACGAUCCGCAGCUUCGCGACAGCGGCAAGUAUACGUUGAUCGCGACGAACGACGUCAAGACGGUCGAGAUGACGCGCCAGGUGUCGAUCCCGCUGCGCGGCGACCUCCUGACCGCGCCCGCCCGCAAGAAGCGCAUGGAUGACGUGGUGGUCGAGAACGAGGCGCCCCGCGUCCUGCCGAAACCGCCCACGCCCGAGCCGGAACCGGUGGUCGAGGAACCGCCGCCACCGGCGGAGGAGGGCGAGGGCGAGGAGGCCGGGGAGGAGCCGGAAGAGGAAGCGAACGAGGAGGAGGACGAGUAGGUGGCGCUGGUGUUUAGCUUUAGGCGUUAGCUGUAAGACCCAAUCAUCCGUUGUUUAAUCAUACCUCUUGUGCCUUUCGCAAAAGGAUACGCGUACCAUUUUGCUUCAACAAAUAGAUAUAGAAGUGAAUGUUGUA